CUACGCUUGUGUCAAAGUGUUGCUGCCUCUUGUCACAGAGAGAACCGUUCCCUUAAAUGCAGCUGCAGUACUUUGGUGUGAUAUCUGUCAGAAUCAUUCACGGUGCGAGCUUGGGUUUGUAACCAUGAUGCCAAGAUUGGUCCUUCUCCUUUUCUGUGGAUAUAUUGCAGUAAACCUGGGAAGUGCUCAGAAAUUGCCCAGAGUGAAAAGACAGAGUCUGAAAGUUCAGAUCAACGCAACAGAUGACACUGUUUGCAUGAGGUAUAUUCGACCAAGCCAAAACACCAAACUUCAAGGUUUUGUCCUGGGUUAUGGAAGCAGCUUCUUCUCUAAUCAGUACAUUCCUUUACCUUCGGAUGGAAGCACCUACAUAAAUGAACUUGAUGCAGAGCCACGGUAUUUGGUUUCAGUGAGACCAGCACGUGUUUCAAAUAACAAGAAAUCUUGUUCAGGUCGGAACAAGAAUCAAAAGCCUCUGCAGCUGGUAGUUGGCACUCUCACCCCAACUUCUGUGUUCCUCUCUUGGGGCAUCCUAGUCAACCCUCAGCAUGACUGGACAGCAACAAGUAACUGUGCUAGCGACAGGUUCUACACUGUUCGCUACAGAGAAAAGGAUAAAGAGAAGAAAUGGGUUUUUCAGCUUUGCCCAGUUACAGAAACAGUGGUGGACAAUCUGAAGCCAAACACACUUUAUGAAUUUGGAGUUAAGGACAACAUGGAGGAUAGCGUCUGGAGCAAGACUUUCAAUCAUAAGACAGUUUUGUCUAAUAAAAAAGUAAAUGGACAACUCCAGAAUAUGUACAAAUUGGUACCUAGUACCCAGUCACAGUUUACGCUAAGAGAUAAUAAGAAGUUGGUACCUGUUACAAUAAUCAAACAAGUUAUUCAGAAUCGGACACAGUCAAAAACUUCAGAUAGUUCUUCUCUGCCAGGAGCAAUUCUAGUGCAUCUUAUUGUUCCAGGUCUCAAUGAAACUCAGCAAAAACUUCUUCCUCCUCUGUCAAUAGAUGACAUAUCUCAAGUAUCCAGAAAAAAACUGGGUAAGAAUGAAACUCAAGUAUGGCCUGCUGAAUCCAAAACACCAGAAGUUCAAGAAAUCUCGCCUCAGUCUCUCCCAGCUCAGGCUGAGAAAAAACAUGGACCUAAGGAAUUUAAAUCAACGCCUAAGCCCGAAUUGCAAACUCAAAACAUAUUGGCUUCUAAUGAAAUACAUCCACUUCCUUCUGGAACCAGAAUCUUUGAUGCUCCAAAAAGUCCAUUGACAGAACUUGCUACUCAGAGUCCAACCUUGAAAUCUGUAUCUCUACCUUCAGCAGAUACCACAGAGAUGGAGAUAGCUUUUGAUGAAACGCAGCCUAUUUCGUCAAGAUCCAAAACAUCUGGUACCACAGAAGUCCAACCCACAAAACCUGUUUCCCAUGGCUUUCUUCAUAUUACUUCUACUCCUCAUACUUUUACAGCUUCAGAAAUGACAGAUGCUGCUGGAUUUACUGCUGAUUUGGAGAUAACCAUGCCUGUAAUUACCACAGAACCGCCUUUAUUAGAAACAGCACUGGCUACUGAGAGGCCAAAGCUGAAGCCUACUUCUCCAUAUGUUGCAAUCCAAGGAAGAGUGGAGGCAUUUGAUGGCAAGCAGACUGUUUCUCCAAUAUAUGAAACAUCUACCAUCCAAGAAAUGCUGUCAUCUGUACCUGCUUUCCCAAGAUCAGACCUGGAUUCAACCUCUUUUCCUUCUCUGGAAACUACAAGAACUGUGAUGGCUACUGAGAGGCCAAAGCUGAAGCCUACUUCUCCAUAUGUUGCAAUCCAAGGAAGAGUGGAGGCAACCCAGAGAAGGGGCCCGGACUUCACCUCAACUGCUUCACCGAAAGCCACAAGGACUAUGAAGGCUACCCGGAGACCAAGGCUGAAAUCCACCACUCCUUCCUCCCUGACGACCCAACAAACUGUGAUUGCUUUCAGUGAUAUUCAGCCUGUUCUUUCAAGCGCUCUGACACCUAGUAUGACUGAAAUAGCUGAUACUGAACCAGCAACAAGUGAAUCCAUUCUGGAAUCUUUCACACCUAAAACUUCUCGUCCUUUUCAAUGGCCAAGGGUAACAUUAGCUCCUAAAGAAAUACCACUUACUCCUAAACUGAAACCGUCUGCUAUCCCAGAAGUACAGCAUGUGGUAACUGCUCCAAAACCCCCACUUCCAGAGCCUAAAACUUCUCAGACUGUUGAACAACAAAAAGCAACCUUAGCUCCCAAAGAAGCAAAACUCACACCUUCUGCAUCUAAACCUAGACCACCUGACAGACCCAGAAAGCCACAAAUUAAACCUGUGGUGGAAUCUAUUACACUUAGAGUUGAACCACCAAGGUCAACGAUAGCUCCAAAGGAGAUUCCUCGUAUUCCUUCUAAACCUAAACCUUCACCCAAACCUCAUAUUCCACAGGCUGAAGAUGUUCCAAAAGAAUCACAUCGUAUUCCUUCCAGACCUAGGAUAUCACCAAGCUCAGAGGUGCCACAGACCAAGCCUGCCCUGGAACCAAUUACAUUUAGAACUGAAAAACCAAAGUCAACGUCAGUUCCUAGAGAGACACGUUAUGGGCCUUCCAAACCCAAAACAUCUCCCAGUCCACGUGUUCCUCCAACCAGAGCAAGUCCAAAAGAAAGUCGACGAGUCACUUCCAAGCCCAGAACAUCACCAAGUCCAGAUUUACCACACACAAAACCUGCUCCUAAAGAAACACAACGAACUUCCUUUAAACCUAAACCAGCUCCCAUUCCAGAUGCUGCACAACGCAAGCCUGGAAUCAUUCCAUCCUUCCGUGAACCUGAUUCUGAUAUGAUUCCUCAAAUGCCUGAAAGAAUAAAACCAACACUGGCUGCAACUGAAAAACAAUUCAUUCAUACCAAACCAAAAACAUCCGAAAAACCAAGAGUGCCACACACCAGACCUGCAGUACAUCAAACAACCCCACAACCAAUUAUCACAAAAACUUCCACCACCACUGAGCAGUCAAGGGCAACAAUGGCUCCAAAAGAAACGCUCCUUCCUUUCAAACCUAAAUCAUCUGUUGAGACAGAAGUACCACAGAGUAAACCUGCUCCAAAGACAACACACCUGGGAUCAAUUAACCUUAUAACAGUUCAUGUUGUUGAUGGGUCCAAAAUGACUUUGGUUCCCAAUGAAACGUAUCAGAUUUCACCCAAACCCAAAACUGCUCUCACAACUGAAAUUCCAUGGUUGUAUACAGCAGGACAUAAAACACGUCUCACUUCUUUAAGACCAAGGCCAUCUGAUAAAUCACAAGCCAGACCUGCUCUGAGUAAAACCACAGUAGCACCAGCUAGAACAAAAGCACCUGGCUUGCCAAAGUGGAUUGUGCCAACAACAGAUGACAUAUAUACACCUGAGGAUAUUGCCAGACAUAUCGGCAUGGAUGUAAAAAAACCUUUGGAAUAUAUUGACACCUGGGAGAAGCCAUUCUCUGGAGCUACAUCACCUAGACCUCAGCAUCCUCCUAUACCUCCUGUCAAGCCGACACCAAUGCGAAGAAAGCCUCUGCCUCCAAACACUGUGACGGGUAAACCAGGCAUUCCAGCUAAACCAGCUGGACCAACAAUGCCAGUGAAGACAGGAGUGCCAUAUAAGACACCAACAGCUUUUGCAACUCCAGAGUAUUAUGUUGAUGCAACUGUCUUCAGUUCAAGCCCUACAUCAGAAACAGAUUCUUCAGGCAAACCAAGGUACCUAGCACCCCAUGUCAAGUAUAUGAAGAAAGAUGAUGAUGUGCCUUGCUCUAUCACAAGCUCUCUUGAACAUUUCCCUCAAGAAGAGGCUGGCAUCAAAGAAGAACCUACUCGUCCUCCACAGAAUCCUCCAACCAACCUAACAGUUGUGACUGUUGAGGGCUGUCCAACUUUCGUCAUAUUGGACUGGGAAAAACCAGACAAUGAUACUGUUACUGAGUAUGAGGUUGUGUCAACUGAAAAUGGAGCGACUGAUGGUGAAAAGGAGAAGUCAAUUAUCACUACAAAUCAAACUCAUUCUACUGUAGAAAACCUAAAACCUGACACAAGUUACGAAUUCCAUGUGAAACCUAGAAACCCCCUUGGUGAAGGUCCGAGUAGCAAUGUUGUGGCUUUCAAUACUGAAUCAGCGGACCCAAGAGUGAGUGAGCCUAUUUCAAUGGGAAAGGAUGCUAUCUGGACUGAAAUUCCAUUCAAUUCUGACACUUACUCAGAAUGCAAAGGGAAACAAUAUGUGAAAAGGACCUGGUAUAAGAAGUUUGUAGGUGUGCAGCUGUGUAAUUCUUUAAGAUACAAGAUAUACCUCAGCGAUUCACUUACAGGAAAAUUCUAUAACAUAGGAGACCAGAGGGGCCAUGGAGAAGAUCACUGCCAAUUUGUAGACUCGUUCUUAGAUGGAAGGACAGGACAGCAAGACGAUCUACCAGUCAAAGACGGAUUUUUCAGGGCAGUUCGUCAGGAACCUGUCAAGUUUGGAAAAAUAGGCGGGGAGACUCACAUCAACUACGUGCGCUGGUAUGAGUGUGGAACAUCAAUUCCUGGGAAAUGGUAGAUGUGAUGGGGACCUGGUGAAGAGACCCAGCAUCAAGCACCCUUGCGAAUGCCCCAAGCAAGCUCAAAGAUGGGAAUGUAUGGUAUGCCUGUCACUUACACAAGUUUGCUGGCGUGUAAGAUUUAUGCAAGUCUAAUGCCAAUACUGCAUUAAUUGUGUAAUAGCGUAGGCUGCUUAAUGUAGUUAUCCAGUUUUACAAAUUUGUUUUUAGAUUGAAAAAAAAAAAAA